AUGAGCAGUGUUCACAGCCAGACAAGUGCUUUGGAUUCAGGCGAAGCAGAAGUGCAAAAGACCAAAAAAACGGCUGAAAAUGGGACAGGAAAAGAUACAAGAAGCUCAUCGGGCAACAGUAACAAGUCUACGAUAACGUUUGAAAAACAGAAAGUGGUACCCCGGGCAAGAACGCAGUCGGUGCAAAGCGUUUUGAGUUGCAUCUCGUUGCGUAGCAUGAUCGGCAAAAUGCCCCAUGACGAAUCAGCAGAGCUUUCUCAGCAUCAUUCGCAAAUGAACAAUAAUCCUGGCCAUUCUAGCAAUACGAGUAAUAACGGGAACAACAGCACCGUGAACGUUCCCGUGGCCCAGCAAAUCCAGUCUCCGGCGAUGCCCUCGGUCCAAAAACGGGCAUCAAACUCGUUUUUCAAAGAUGGGAUUGGACAAAAACUGCCCUUCACAGAUGACAGAAGGCGACAACUGGAAGGCGACAGAUCAGCAGCAAACUCAAGGGCUAGUAAUAGGAAUACGCAUGCCGUCACGCUUAAAGCAAAUACAAAGGAGGCCCAAUCAGCGAUGGAUUCUGGCACCUCAUCCGGGAACAGUAGCACCAAAAAACUCGAAAAUGAGCCCGAAGAUGAGGCUGAACAACAGAAAAGGCUCACUACUGAUGCUUUGAGGAGACUUUCUGUAAUGAAAAACGGCAACGGAAGCACAGUAGGAAGCACGAAUACCGAUGUUGGUGGUGGCGAUGCCUCUGACGCAACCUCUUCUGAAAAGCAAUUGUCAGAACUUGCAGACAUACCAACGUUCCGCGAAAUCUCCAGUCAAGAUCCAAGUACGCUCACGUAUAUGCAAUUUGGUGGUAAGAAUAUCGUACUGGACUCCUCUAUUCCAAACAAAAGGUCAUCAGUGGCACCCAUAAAAAAUCCGCUUGACAAACUUCCAUCAACUUUGGAGACUAAUAUCAAACCAAAAUCGAAAUCUAGGCGGCCCCUGCGGCAAAUGUGUGAACCGAAAAAACCGUUGUACACCCCCGCAGUCUUGCGGGAUAUUUCUGAGACUAAUAUAACUAAUGCCGAGCUGGGCUCGCCAGGACCACCGACUCUGCCUACUCCAUUGUCGAAUUCUCACACGACGCGCAGUAGUAUAAGGAGUAUGAGAUCCUCUUCAUCAUCGAUUCUUUCUGACUACACCAAGAAGCUAGGUUCGCUGUGGAAUAAAGACUACGCCUAUUCCGGUGCUAAUAUAACACGUCCCACUCGUGAUCACUGGAUAGCUGACAAUAAGAGGCAUGCCUGUCAUUACUGUCAUCGCAUUUUCACCUUUUGGGAGCGCAAACAUCAUUGUAGGCAUUGUGGAGAUAUUUAUUGUUCCCAGCACGUUAGACACUGGUUGUAUUUGGAUGGCGAUGCCAAAUUCGUCAUUGGCGGCGCUGGUGCUGGCGCUGGUGCUCUCUCGAAAAUAUGUGAUGGAUGUCUUCAGGAGUACGAUACGCUCGUGCGUGAGGGUCCUUCUGUUGAGGCUGCCCAGAAUAACGAGCGGCCGAAAUCGACAACACCUGUUCCGAAGGCAGAUAGUAAUUUGGACCAGAAAGAUUCGGUCGGCGAACAAGGAAAGCGAGGUCGCAUGGAUAGUAUCGUAGGAAGUGUCCCUGCCGAUUGGAACUGGAGUAGCUUCUGA